CGGGGCGGGCGCAGGCGCACUGGGCUCGCCGCGCCAAGCUGCAGCUAUGGAGCAGGCCUCUUCCGACCUCGAGGGGCAGUUGCAGCCUGCCCCCCUGGAGCCGCUGGGCUACGCCGACGGCGAACUGGAGGCUGCAGUCGGUGAGAAAGCCGAGGGGGCCCAGGAAGAAAGCUCCGGGUUGGACACGAUGACAGAAAAUAAUUUUUGGUUGAAGAAGAUAGAAAUCAGUGUUUCUGAAGCAGAAAAGAGAACUGGAAGAAACGCAGUGAACAUGCAAGAAACAUACACUGCUUACCUCAUUGAAACCAGGUCAGUUGAACAUGCCGAUGGUCAGAGUGUCCUCACAGACUCACUGUGGAGGCGAUACAGUGAGUUUGAGUUGUUGAGAAACUACCUUUUGGUUUGCUAUCCACAUAUUGUUGUGCCACCUCUACCAGAAAAACGGGCAGAAUUCGUUUGGCAUAAACUCUCUGCUGACAACAUGGAUCCUGAUUUUGUAGAAAGACGACGGAUUGGUUUAGAAAACUUUCUCUUGAGAGUUGCUUCACAUCCCACCCUUUGUAGAGACAAAAUCUUCUAUUUGUUUUUAACGCAGGAAGGUAACUGGAAGGAGACUGUGAAUGAAACUGGAUUUCAGCUGAAGGCAGACUCCAGGUUAAAAGCGCUUAAUGCAACAUUCAGAGUGAAAAACCCAGACAAGAGAUUUACUGAACUGAAGCACUACAGUGAUGAGCUGCAGUCAGUCAUCUCCCAUCUCCUUCGAGUCCGAGCUAGAGUAGCAGAUCGACUCUAUGGAGUAUAUAAAGUACAUGGGAAUUAUGGGCGAGUGUUCAGUGAGUGGAGUGCCAUAGAAAAAGAAAUGGGUGACGGGCUGCAGAGUGCUGGUCAUCAUAUGGACGUGUAUGCUUCUUCUAUUGAUGAUAUUUUAGAAGAUGAAGAACAUUAUGCAGAUCAGUUAAAGGAGUAUCUUUUCUAUGCAGAAGCACUACGGGCUGUGUGCAGAAAGCAUGAACUUAUGCAGUACGACUUGGAGAUGGCUGUUCAGGAUCUCGCUUCCAAGAAGCAGCAGUGUGAGGAGCUGGCCACGGGGACUGUGAGGACAUUCUCCUUGAAGGGAAUGACCACCAAGCUCUUUGGUCAAGAAGCCCCAGAGCAGAGAGAAGCCAGAAUAAAGGUGCUAGAAGAACAAAUCAGUGAAGGGGAACAACAGCUAAAGUCUAAAAAUCUGGAAGGCAGAGAAUUUGUGAAAAAUGCUUGGGCUGAUAUUGAACGCUUCAAAGAACAAAAGAACCAUGACUUAAAGGAGGCCCUCAUAAGCUAUGCGGUCAUGCAGAUCAGUAUGUGCAAAAAGGGAAUUCAAGUUUGGACCAAUGCUAAGGAAUGCUUUAGCAAGAUGUGAGCCUGUGAAACGAAUUUCUCUUCAAUCAAAGUGCCCCAAAACAGAAGCACAAGUCAGUGAAUUUAAGUUGCUACCCAGUAUCACAACAAUAUACAAUAAGUUGAAUAAAUUCAGCUUUUUUAAACUUGAUUACAGUUGUGUUUAUAUAGCACAAAAAGGAUGUAUUUAAUGAAGAUUACAUAUUAUAAUUUGAGGUUUUGGGGACUGGUGCUGAUUCCAAACGUUAAUUAAUAAUAUAAACCAAUAGAUUGUUCGUUGGGCUUCUGAACCAAUGACUGAAUAUCAACAUGUUAAUUUCUAGAUGCUUCUUUCGAUGUCAGCUGUUUCAGAUCAGUUCACAUAGAGAUUUUUUCCCUAAGGUUGAAUUCCUGUAUUUACUUGGUGAGACCCACUAAUGAGUUAGAGGGGGUUAUUUUCUCUUGCCUUAUAGUUGAGCUAUUUGGUUUAACAAAGCUCAGCAGAAAUUUAUUGUAAAAUCUUAAGAGUUUCUUCCACACUCAUUGAUGCCCCCUGUCACAUCCAUAUACACUAGAAAAUGCCUUUCUUCAGUUUGUGUUUUAUCAGAAUUUUGAUACUGGUCAGAAAUUUUAUACUGCCAACAAAGAAGUCUUAGCUUCUCAGACAUAGGGUGGAACACAUUGUGAAGACCUAGGAACUGCUAUACAGAAAGUUUCUCAGAUUCAAGGUGGAGUAUAUGGUUAGGAUCUAAGAACUGCUGUAGAGAAAGUUUUAAUUGAGCAUUACUGAUUCGCAGAUAUUCUUAACCUCAGUGGCGAGCCUGGUUCCGUCUGUGUGGCUCUCUGCACAUGGCAUUUCAGGGUACAAGAUGUAGCAUUUCCAUGUGUAAGGUCUGUGUGGUGAACAUGAGUACUCAUUCCUUCAUCUAAUGUCCUUUUUUCUAUUGCUUGGCUGUAAUUUUUGUAAAGAUAAAGUAUGUUUUUUUUUUAAUGUGUAGUUUUGUGGUAUCUGUUCAGAAGCCAGGCACUUUGAUUUGCUAGCUUUGCAGAAUCUUAAGUGUGUACUCAUUAUUUUAAUGAUGUUUUAAAAUAAUCCCCAGUACUGUUUAACAUUUGACUUUUUUACAUGUUUAAAAUGUUGCUGGAUUUUUGUGCUGUUUGCCAAACUUACACAAUAAAUAAAUGAAGUCUGUGCUGAU